AGAGACGACGUGUUUGAUAAUUUUAAAGAAUAUUUCUACAUAUGUAAUUUAUCUGAGUUAAAUUAAUAACGUCAACAUGGUCCUCGACUUAGACUUAUUUCGUGCCGAUAAAGACGGUAAUCCAGAUAAAAUUCGAGAAAAUCAGAAGAAGAGAUUUAAAGAUGUUGCCCUUGUGGAUGCAGUCGUCGAGCAAGACACCUUGUGGAGGAAAUUGCGCCACGAAGCUGACAAUUUCAAUAAACUGAAGAAUGUAUGUAGCAAAGAAAUUGGUUUGAAAAUGAAGAACAAGGAACCCAGUGGCUCUGAAGACGAACCCGUCCCCUCGGAGAUCGCCAAUAACCUGGUAAACCUCACCGGCGAUAACUUGAAGCCUCUCACAGUAAAUCAAAUAAAAAAAGUAAGAAUAUUAAUAGACAAUGCAAUAUCAAAGAAUGAUGAAGGGUUAUUGGCUGCUGAGAAAGCGCGUUCCGCUGCACUCAGGGAAGUUGGAAAUCAUCUGCAUGAGUCUGUACCAGUUGAUGAUGAUGAAGACCAUAACUUGGUAGAAAGGACAGACGGAGACUGCGGCUUUAGAAAAAAGUACUCUCAUGUGGAUCUGAUCUGCAUGAUUGAUGGAAUGGAUGGAGAGAGGGGAUCAGCUGUAGCAGGUGGUCGUGGUUAUUAUCUAAAAGGUCCUGCAGUAUUCCUAGAACAAGCCCUCGUUCAACUUUCUCUAAGAAUGUUACUUGAGAAAGGAUAUACGCCCUUGUACACGCCAUUCUUCAUGCGAAAAGAGGUUAUGCAAGAAGUAGCACAACUAGCUCAAUUUGACGAAGAACUGUACAAAGUCAUAGGGAAAGGUUCUGAAAACAAGGGCGACACUGUUGUCGAAGAGAAAUACCUUAUCGCUACAUCAGAACAGCCCAUAGCUGCUUUCCACAGGGAUGAAUGGCUUCCAGAAUCAUCUCUUCCCAUCAAAUAUGCGGGACUCUCCACAUGCUUCAGACAAGAGGUUGGAUCUCAUGGACGUGAUACGCGUGGUAUCUUUCGAGUACAUCAAUUUGAAAAGGUGGAACAAUUUGUUCUAACAUCUCCUCAUGAUAACGCAUCUUGGCAAAUGAUGGACGAAAUGAUAAACAAUGCUGAAGAGUUCUGCAAAGCACUAGGACUACCGUACCGUGUCGUGAACAUCGUGUCUGGAGCUCUAAACCAUGCUGCUUCCAAGAAGCUAGACUUGGAGGCCUGGUUCCCAGGAUCCGGUGCGUUCAGGGAACUUGUCUCUUGUAGUAACUGUCUGGAGUACCAAGCCAGAAGAUUGCUUGUAAGGUACGGUCAGACGAAAAAGAUGAACGCUGCCACUGAAUACGUGCACAUGCUGAACGCGACCAUGUGCGCCACCACCAGGGUCAUUUGCGCCAUACUCGAAGUUCACCAGACAGAGGACGGCAUCAAGGUACCGGAAAUCCUGAAACCUUGGCUUCCUAAGCAGUAUCAAGAAUUAAUACCGUUCGUGAAACCCGCACCCAUUGACGUGGAGGCGGCCGCUGCAGCCAAGAAAGGAAAGAAACAAGAAAAAAAAUGAAAACCAAUAAAAAAAAAGUUUCAUUCCAAGCAAAAAGCUUCAUAUUUAUUAAACUUGCUAAGCUUCACAUUUUUUUUA